CUGUUUAGUUUGUCCUAUACCUUGAUACCUGUUAUUAAAUAUGAAAUCGGUUCUAGCUAUUUGUUGUCUCGUGACCUUAGCUUUCAGCCACGUUGGAGCUAGUUGCUCUGCGGAUUGCCCCGAUACUGAGGAUGUCGUGUGGGCUCUUGGUGGCGGUUGCAAUGUCUUCCGCAACAAAUGUUACUUCGAAAAGGAAAACUGUCACCGAAAACCAGCCCUGACCAUCACCACGAAGGAGGAGUGCCAGAAGUAUUGUGCUGAUAUUUGUCCAACAGUUUAUUCACCUACAAGUGGAGUUUACAAUGGACAAACAAGGAACUUUGGCAACGAAUGUGAGAAAAGCGUCCACACUUGCAAAACUGGCGAAAGUAAGCUAAUUCAAAAAUCAUUUAUAAAUGCAAUUUAA